AGCCUAAGCCAAGUCUUAACUACGAUGCCACCGACGCCGCUUGCCACCGGAGACUACCUGCUGGUCCUCCCGGAGGACGUCAAGCAGGCUGUCGGCGGAGCCUUCUACGGCGUGGUCAUGUCGAUGACUCGCUCAUCGGCCCGCGUGAAGUCUGUCACGACGACCCUACCUGGAACUUACACGCUCGCCAAGUCGUUGGCUGGGAGGCGUCGAGUACCCAGUUCGGAAGCAGAAGGUCAACAACCGUGUGUCUGGCUGCGGAAGGCAGUCUGCGUGCAAGCCGAAGGUUUUCAUUACUACGGCCAAGUUGUACAGGUCAAGGGGGAGCGUCUCUGUGUCUCCACGUACCUCGGUGUGAAGGAGUGGCCAGUGCAGCAAGUCGCCGGCGAGGUGUAUCCGGUCAUCGCCCUGAUCAUGGGUUCCCAGCGCUGGGCGAUCCGAACGUGUGCGUUUGAAGCCCUGGAGACCGCUCACAACCGACUCCUGGACGCCAUCUUGGAGGGCGAGGCGAACAAACCACUCCCAAGCAGCGGGCUAACAACAAUCGUACCAGAACUCAAGGAACGAACGGACCUGCACGUGGAGUGGCUGGCCCCGGACUCUGGUGCUUCUCAUACUACGUCCCUAGACCACGUGCUCCGGUAUGUGUACUAUGUGGACGAAGAAGACGACGUUGGACACGUCGGCGGGGGCCAUGGCGACAUCCCCGCUGCCGUGCCACCGACAGAGGAGCGCAGCGAAAACCAACUGCAAAACACGGAGCUCUGGCGGCAGGCCAACGCGUCCGCCAGGUCCAACACGGACGACGCAACCUGUCAUUCGUCUACAAACCUCGAACUCGAGGUGAUCGAGCUACUCCAGAAGCACCGACCGGACCUUCUCGCACCGUACCUCUCCAAGGCGCCGCCAGCUCCUGCGCGAAAGUGA